AUGAAUAUUGACAAAGAAUUGAAAGUUGCAAGAAUUAAUAUUAAAAUAGAGUUUACAAAAAUAAAUACAAAAAACAAGUGUGUGUUUAAGGAAAUUGAAGGGCUUUUCGAAGUUAUAAGCUCUAAAAAGAGAAAAAUCGAACAACUAAAGGAAUCAGUAGUUGUAAUUUCAGAAGAGCUUGUCAUUCACUCACAACAAUUAUCUACUACAAACAAGGAAAUAAGUGAUAAAGAGGAAGACUUUAACCUAAAAUGUUUAGCUCUUGAAGACCUGCAUAGUCUUAGGAAUGAUUUAGAAAAUCAAAUUAAUGAGGUCCAGCUAGAAUGUGAAAACUUAGAAAAGUAUUAA